UUUUAUUGGUAGUAAUUAAUAGUCAUUGUUACUGUUGCCUGUUUUAAUGGCCAAUUUAUGUUUUCAUGUCUUUGCGACUGUUUAUCAAUGAUGAUUUUAUGAUUUCAUAAUCCUGACCAUUUGGAUACUCUUUAGAACAUUAAGGUUGUGACAAAGCUGACCUAAUUGUCACUGCUGGGCAACACUGGCACACACACGCACACACCUACACUUAAGCAGAAAUACUUACCUUUGUAAUAACUCACGCUCAUUUCCCUCCUGGUGUUCCGCCGUCGGCAGCGCGGGUGCACACGCACUCCCGAUGGCACAUAUGUGUUGGACAUUAUUUCAUCUUCCCCUCCACAUCCGUCAAUAUUCAUAACCCCGGACAUUUCACACACUCACACUGCACGUUGUUUGAUGUCGUCUUGUCUAAUCGGUGUUGGUGAUGUUGAAUUGGGCAUGCGAUGGUCGGUGUUCCGGUGUGAGACGCUGCCAAACAGAGCGAUAGAGCGGCGAUCACUUAUGACGUCACUGACGGCGCCGCGCUGCCGCAGCGCACCGGAAACCAGCCAAACCAUUGUUUUAUAUUAGUAGGGGGUACCUUGUUUUUGCGUGUAUAUAAAUUAAAUAGUUGAAUGUAGUAUUUUUGUGUUUAAUGUUUUAUUUGUUGGUUUAUGUGUUUUGAGUUUGUGUUUAGUAUUAAUUAAUUGUGUAAAAGUAGAAAUGCCUGAAGUAGUGGGGUUUUUACCAUCUGUUAUUACCUGUUUGAAAAGUCCCAUUUGAAGGGGGUGGAGUCUGUCCUAUAUAAGGGCAGGCCAGAAUAAAACUUAUCACUUGUUUACCAAGUCGGAGCGAGAGAGCAACUGUGGUGCCUCAAGCGAUCUUUUUGUAACGCCUGUAUAUUGUGGAUACUUACCUGUAUAUUGACUUUUUUCAUUUGGAUUAUUCCCUCUUUAUUUUUCUGUUUAUUGUUUCUUUGGUACUUUGUUCACCUAUAUAUAUUUUUCACCGUUGGACUGUGUAUAUUUUUUGGCACUGUAAAUAAAUUGCACUUGCACAUAAGUGCUAUUGCGGGCUGAGCCAUCAUUUAACAUCUUUUACGGACAUUCACAACGUCCCCAAGCGAGUGGUGGUUCUCGUUUUAUCACAUAUGGUGGCAGCGGUGGGAUGGCAACCCGCAAGACAGCGCCAAAAGGAAAAAAACCCAGGACGGGUUUGCGGUCCCAGGGGAAGGUGGUGGCUGGAAAGGAUGUUACCUGGGAUUCAAUGGAAUCUACAGAGGAUGAAGAGGCAGCUACAAGGCUUCCUGAAGCAUCAGCAAAGGCCAGUUCACCACAGACCAAGCCCUUCACAGCUGGUGAAAUGUCUGGUGAAGGAAUGAUGUCUCUGAUGCGCAAAUUCCUGGAUGCACAAGAGGAGAGGGAAGAGAGAUAUCUGCGAGAGCUCCGUGGUCUACGAGAGUCCAUCGUACAGUCAGCACGGCCUGCAGAGACCUCGUAUGACAUAGAUAGUCUGCGGAUGGACCUACCAACUCCGGCAGCACAGAGAGGACCUACACGAGACAGGCAAGCACAUGUCCUAGACUCCACAAAUGUCCCAGCACCAAGUCAGCCAAUGCAGCGGUCUGAACCAAAAAUGCCAGCCUUCCAGCAGGGGGAAGACAUUGAAAACUAUCUUCGGCGGUUCGAGCGGUUGGCCAGGACCUGGGGGUGGCCUGAGCAGGAGUGGAGCUUUCGACUUGUCCCCUUGCUGACAGGGCAGGCACUGGAGGCAUACUUAGCGAUGGAUGAGGAGAAGGCAGAAGUGUAUGCUGAUCUAAGGGAGGCACUGCUGGAGAAAUUUAACAUCUCACCAGAAACUUACCGCCAGCGCUUCCGAGUGUCCUCUGUUCCAGCGGGAGAGUCACCAACAGAAACUUACCAUCGCUUGAGGAAUCUGUAUCGACGAUGGAUACGGCCUGAGGAGCAUACUAAAGAGGAGAUUGGUGAGGCUAUUAUCCUGGAGCAGCUUCUUCGUGUACUUCCGUAUGAUACUCGCACAUGGGUACGGGAGCAUGAGCCGAUGACAGGCCUGGCGGCAGCAAAGCUGGCUCAACAGUACAUGAAUGCUCACAGGGGAGGCCUGCGCACUCAACCACCAAGAGGUACUGUACGUUCUGUUUCUGAUCGUUCUGGGGCUGAAGCUGAGAAAAGUCACGCUGAUCGUAUAGACCAUGCACAAGGACAAAAAUCAUCUGUGGGCAAGGGACUAAUUUGUUUUUAUUGCCAACAGCCUGGACACAAAGCAUCAGUGUGUCCUGUGCGAAAAGCAAAAUUGACUGGAUUUUGUUAUGUUCCCAGAGAGGAAGACAAUGCUAGAGACUCUGUAGAGGAGAGUCAAAAUAGGUGUAAGGUGACAGUUAAUGGACAUUCGUUGCAAGCUCUUUUGGACACUGGUAGCACUCUUUCUCUGUUAAAACCAUGUUUUGUUUCAAAUGUAAAUUAUGUGAGCACUACCGCUGUUCAAUGUGUACACGGGGAUGUAAAGCAGUACCCUAGAGCUGAAGUCGUUGUUGAGGUGUAUGAUCAAUUGUACUUGUUAAAUGUUGCCAUAGUUGAUAACUUGCCAGCUGAUAUGAUUUUGGGUCAAGACUUGCCAGUACUAAAUGAUCUGUUACAAACCACCAAAGACUUUGAAACUGUUACUCCCUCUGCCACUGUUGAAGUGUCAUGUCCUGUUGUCACCCGGGCACAAGCCAAGGCAGGUCUGCAGCCACUGCCGGACUUGGACAGUAGUCUGUUGCAGGGCGGCACAAAGGGCCCUAGAAAGUCACGCCGACAGCGGCGUCUAGAGAAGUACAUGGGCACCCCAGUUUCUAAAACCUCUGUGGAUGGUCUUCAGGUUAGUGGCUGGAGGAUUCCGGAGGACAUUGCGAAAUUACAAAGGGAUGAUGAGUCUUUAAAAUCACUCUUUGAGAAGGCAGGGUGUGAAAAUGCAGCUAAUCUGUGCAAUGAAAAAUAUGUUGUGUUAAAUGGAGUGUUGUAUUUGCAGACAAAUGAUGUGACACGUUUAGUUGUUCCAACAUGUUGCCGCCAUAUUGUCUUACAUUUAGCACACACUGUUCCCUGGGCUGGCCACCUAGGACAGCAGAAAACAUAUGCACGCAUUAGUUCACGGUUCCACUGGCCUACACUAUACACAGAUGUUCAGACAUAUUGCAAUACAUGUGCCAUCUGUCAAAAGACCAGUGUUGUUUCCCAGCGGGGCAAAGCACCCCUGCAUCCUCUCCCUGUGAUCUCUUCUCCUUUCAGACGCAUCGCCAUGGACAUCGUAGGCCCACUUGAACGAAGUAGUGCAGGACAUCGGUACAUCCUGGUGGUCAGCGACUAUGCUACAAGAUAUCCAGAAGCGUUUCCACUCCGAUCCAUCACAACGCCGAAAAUCAUCCAUGCCCUCGUCCAAAUGUUCUCCAGAGUAGGCAUUCCAGAGGAGAUCCUAACAGACCAGGGAACUAACUUCACCUCACGGUUAAUGGGGCAACUAUACCAGCAGCUGGGUAUCAACGCCAUCAAGACGACCCCAUACCACCCUCAGACAGAUGAUCUGGUGGAGCGUUUUAAUCAAACCCUUAAGAACAUGUUACGUAAGUUUGUUGCCGACACAGGACGGGAUUGGGACAAGUGGUUGCCUUUUGUGCUUUUUGCCUACAGAGAAGUACCUCAAGCCUCAACUGGGUUCUCACCAUUCGAACUGCUCUAUGGAUGGCAAGUGCAGGGACCAUUGGACCUACUGAGAAGAGGGUGGGAAGACCCUGCAUCCAGAACGGAGGAGAAGGGCAUAGUGCAGUAUGUUCUAGAGAUGAGAGAUCGACUUGAGCGGUACAGGGAACUGGCCAAAGAGAACCUGCAAGAGGCACAAAAAGCUCAAAAACGAUGGUAUGACCAGCAUGCAAGACUUCGACAGUUCCAGCCGGGGCAGAAAAUUCUACUCCUAUUGCCAACAUCAUCGAAUAAGCUGUUGGCCAAGUGGCAAGGGCCAUAUACCGUGGUCCGCAAGAUGGGGCCAGUGACCUAUGAGAUCCACCACCCCUGACAAAGGGAAAGCUAAACAAACUUACCACAUAA